CGUUGCUUCAACCCUAUCUAAUCAUUUCAUGCAGGUUGUCGCAAUGUCCGUCAAAUUUUACUCCUUGCUUUCAAUAAUCUCACAUCGUACAUAGCUAUGAUUGGGAAACUUACGCCCCCCCUUCCACCAAUGGUAACGGCGGGUUGGGAUUUAUCGGCAUGCAGCGUUGCAUGGAUUGUGAUUCAAGCCCCAUCGCGCAACUGUCUGCCCGACAUGCCGCUCAAGGCUGGGCUACCGUAUUCUCCCUGAACGAACCUGACGUUUCCGGGAUCAGUGCAAGUGAUGCUGCGGCUUGGUACAUUACCUAUAUCAACCCGCUGUCCAUUAAGAAGGCCUUUCCCGCGGUUACCUCUAGUUCCUCUUCUGGUCAAGGUCUAGAUUGGCUUGCGCAGAUGAUUAGCGCCUGUGCUGGUCGGUGUUAUGCUGAUUACAUUAACCUGCAUUGGUAUGGCACGAGCUUUUCUGAUUUCCAGAGCUACGUCCAGAAGGCCCGCGCGAAGUUCCCCAGCUACGGCAUCGUUAUCACCGAAUUCGCUCUAACGAACCCGUCCGGUGGAGCGUCUGCUCAGGUGUCAUUCUUCACUCAAGCAUUCUCUUGGCUUGACUCUCAAGACUACGUCAUCUUGUACUUCCCCUUCGUUGCAACAUCACCCUCACUCUUGUCCUCCUCCGACCCAAGUGCUGCUUCUUACGUCGGCACCGGAUCGUGCCUCUACAACAACGACGGUUCACUCUCGACGCUUGGCAACCUUAUGUUGUCCUAAGUUGUCAGUAUUUUUUUAUCUACUUAUGUACUUACAAAGAGGCCAUCGGUCAAGAUUUUUCCGAGCCAAACCGUUUGUACAUGGUCAGAAUAUUUCGUGGUCAACUCAUGUACAUACUUAUAGUAUAUAGUACAUACAUCAUCAUUCAUAUUCUAUAAAAUGAACUGGACCUUCUUUCGAUCGU